UUUUGAUUGGCUGAGGGUGGAGUUUGUAUCUGCAGAUUUAGCGCCACUCCGCACGCUGUGGCUGCGGAAAACUUGCGGCUCCAGGUGGGCUCCCGUGGUCGUGAUGUCUCGGGAGUCAGACUUAGAGAGCCAGAAGGCCCACGGCAGCAGCUCCUCGCAGGCCCAUGGGAGUGGGACCUGUUCACAGUCCCAAGGCGGCUUCACCCAGUCCCAAGGCGGCUUCACCCAGUCCCACGGGUCCUGCUCACAGUCCCAAGGCACCUCCAGCUCCUCCACCAGCACCGGGCCCACCUCCAGCCAGUCUUCUCACUCCAGCUCUGGGACACUGAGUUCCUUGGAGACUGUGUCCACUCAGGAACUCUAUUCUAUUCCCGAGGAUCAAGAACCCGAGGAGCCUGUCCCUGCCCCUUGGGCUCGAUUAUGGGCCCUUCAGGAUGGAUUCUGUAAUCUUGACUGCGUUAAUGACAGCUACUGGUUUGGGAGGGACAAAAGCUGUGACUAUUGCUUUGAUGAACCCCUGCUGAAAAGAACAGAUAAAUACCGGACAUACAGCAAGAAACACUUCCGGAUUUUCAGGGAAAUGGGUCCCAAAAACUCCUACAUUGCAUGCAUAGAAGACCACAGCGGGAAUGGAACCUUUGUAAAUGCAGAGCUGGUGGGGAAGGGAAAACGCCGUCCUUUGAGUAACAAUUCUGAAAUUGCACUUUCACUGUCUAGAAAUAAGGUUUUUGUAUUUUUUGACCUGACUGUAGAUGACCAAUCAGUUUAUCCUAAGGAAUUACGAGACGAGUACAUCAUGUCCAAAACCCUUGGAAGUGGCGCUUGCGGAGAGGUGAAGUUGGCUUUCGAACGGAAAACGUGCAAGAAGGUAGCCGUAAAGAUUAUCAGCAAAAGGAAGUUUGCUAUUAACUGUUCCAGAGAGGUUGAUCCGGCUCUCAAUGUUCAAACUGAAAUAGAGAUUUUGAAAAAACUAAAUCACCCAUGUAUCAUCAAGAUUAAAAACUUUUUUGAUGCAGAAGAUUAUUACAUUGUUUUGGAGUUGAUGGAAGGAGGAGAGCUGUUUGACAAGGUGGUGGGGAGUAAAGGCCUGAAAGAAGCCACCUGCAAACUGUAUUUUUAUCAGAUGCUGUUGGCUGUGCAGUACCUUCACGAGAAUGGGAUUAUACACCGGGACUUAAAGCCAGAGAACGUCCUCCUGUCAUCUCAGGAAGAGGACUGUCUCAUCAAGAUUACUGAUUUUGGGCAGUCCAAGAUUCUGGGAGAGACGUCUCUGAUGAGGACUCUAUGUGGGACUCCCACGUACCUGGCUCCAGAGGUCCUGCUUUCCGCUGGGACUGCCGGGUAUAACCGUGCUGUGGACUGCUGGAGUUUGGGAGUCAUCCUUUUUAUCUGCCUUAGUGGGUAUCCACCUUUCUCUGAGCAUAAGACUCAAGUGUCACUGAAGGAUCAGAUCACCAGUGGAAAAUACACCUUCAUUCCCGAAGUCUGGGCAGAGGUCUCAGAGAAGGCGCUGGACCUUGUCAAGAAGUUGUUGGUCGUGGAUCCAAAGGCAAGGCUUACCACAGAAGAGGCCUUAAGCCACCCCUGGCUUCAGGAUGAGGACAUGAAGAAAAAGUUUGAGGACCUGCUGGCUAAAGAAAAUAAACCCAUGGCUCUACCCCAGGGCCCAGCCCAGCCUCCCAGUAAACGAAAGCGGCUACUUCAAGAGGACGCGGAGGACACGGGGACCACAAAGCACCCAGCUGUGUGCACUGCUGUGUCGUGAUGCUGUAGCUCCAACCAGAAAGACCAGACCUUUCUUUGUGCUGUCAUCUUUUUUUGUAGUUUGUCUUAAU